GGAAACAGCUGAUUGUCAAUGUCAAAUACAUAUGAAUGAACUUCUUAAAUUUUUGGCACGAUUUUCGCGAUAUUUUUACCAUUUACGAACAGUGUACAUGUUUAAAAUUACGUAAUUAGCUAACAUAAUCUUAAACAGUAUACUAAGUUCAUGUCGUGCUGUGUUUCGGUAAUGAUUACUUGAUUCCAGUGUUCAAAUCCACAUAACCUCAAAAUCAAAACAAAUCGAAAUGGCAACAAAAUUCAACCCCGCAGCGUACAAUUUUCGCAAAAAAUGCCCUUUCGUGAGCAAGGACCUCCUCCGCUGGUUCCCGGGGCAUAUGAACAAGGGCUUGAAACAAAUGCAGAGGAAGUUAAAGUCGGUCGAUUGUGUGAUUGAAGUUCACGACGCAAGGAUACCCUUUACAGGCCGGAAUCCUAUAUUUACGAAUACUUUAACGGGUGCUAAGCCUCACAUACUAGUUCUUAAUAAGAAAGACUUGACUGUAAGUUCAUUAAUACCCAGAAUAAAGGAGCAGCUGAAGGCAGAAGAGGGAGUGCAAAAUAUAGUGUUUACAAACAGUAAAGACCAAAGUUGUCGCGGUUUGAAGACCUUAAGGCCGCUGAUGGUUGAUCUCAUCAAAGAUUCAAAUAGGUACAACCGAAGCGAAGAGUCCGACUACAAUGUAAUGAUCAUCGGGGUCCCAAACGUGGGUAAAUCAUCCUUGAUCAACAUGCUGCGCUCAAGGAACAUGGGCAUCGGGCAUGCGUUGCCUGUCGGUGCGGUGGCCGGAGUCACCCGCAGCGUCUUGAUGAAGAUAAGGAUCAACAAUAAUCCUAAUAUAUUCAUGUUGGACACUCCUGGCAUCCUAGAGCCCUCAGUGACGGACAUAGAAAUGGGUUUAAAGCUGGCCCUGUGUGGCAAUCUCCAAGAUCACCUGGUAGGUGAAGAAGCCAUCGCCGACUACCUGCUGUACUGGCUCAACAAGCACGGCUGCUUCAGCUAUGUAGACUACAUGGGACUGCUGGAGCCCUGUGACGAUAUUAAUAAGGUACUAAUCUCAGGUGCAGUGAAGUUCAACAGAAUCCGUCGAACGCGGGACUACGACGGCACAAUGCGUGACGUGCCGGAUUUCCUCGAGGUCGCUCGGACUAUGAUUAAGGCGUUCCGCACCGGGGAGCUCGGCAGGACGCUUCUGGACAUCGAGCUGCUGAAAGACUAUAAGAAGAAAGAGGACCUUAUGGCGUAGGAGUUAGAGUGGAGGUUUGAGCAAUGAGCAACCAGACUUUGUUCAGUAGAUCGUUUAGAAAGAUUUCAAAAUAAUCGAUUUUAAUAGCCGUAACACACUACCGCACCGCAAUUUUAAUAGCCGUAUUUACCGCACCGCACCAAGGUCACGGAGUGCCCCACCCGUAAGUGAGACCGAGAAAGAGAUAUCUGUUUCUCGCUCUCACUUAUGGGUGCGACUCACCAAGGUCGCGGUGCGGUGCGGUAGUGUGUUACAACUUUAACAUGAGCAGUGCGCUGCUAAAUAUUGACCUUGCAGGUAAUACAAAAAUGAUUCAAUGAACCUUAUGGAUUGAACGAUAGAGUUGUUUCUUAUCGGCGACACUUCUUGUUCUAAAGAUUUGAAUUAAGCUGCUUCAAAUUUUUAAUUUUUGACUAAGAGGUUUACGGGUUUUUCGAAAACCUUUUAUUCAGAUCAGAGUAUGUUACAAUUUUUCGAAAAAAGUAAGUUUCUUGCCUGAUGCUAGUGAUGCUGUUUUUUUUAAAGCGCGUUUUAAUACAAUUUUUGUUUAACGUGUGUUCAAAUAAAAUUGGAUUAGGUACAUAGAGAUUUCGUGUAAGUA